UCCUUAGGAAAUGGAGGAAAUCAUGGCUGCUUUCCCUAGUAUAAGUUCCCUCCCUUGCCCCCCUUGUUUUCCCACCUCUCUCUCUCUCUCUCUCUUUCUCUCUCUCUCUCUCUCUCUCACUUUCCAUCCUGCAAAUUCUCCCCUACCAAGAAACUCAGUAAACUACUAUACUGCACAUUCUUGUUUCAAGCCAAUCAUAUCAUCAUAUCAUAUAUUCUUGAAGCAGAAAGAUUAAAGAAGGAAAUACUAAUAUGGACAUAGAAUUGGCAAAGUGUGAGUGCUGUGGAUUGAAAGAAGACUGCACUCAAGACUACAUCAGUGAGGUGAAGGCAAAGUUUGAUGGGAAAUGGCUGUGUGGUUUGUGCUCUGAAGCUGUCAGGGAUGAGGCUAUCAGAGGGAAGAACAUGCAGCAAUUUGGCACAGAAGAAGCUGUCAAGGCUCACAUGUCUUUCUGUCGAAAAUAUAAAUCGAAUCCCGCCAUUCGAGUCGCAGAUGGGAUGAGGCAGAUGCUAAGGAGAAGAUCGGGCGAUCUUGCAUCGUCGCCCUCUCCUUCCAAGAAGUAUUCGAGAUCAGCGACCACCCCUGCUUCUUCCAUCUCCUAUUACUAGGAAACAAUGAUCGAGCUCUCGGGGUUCGGGUCCAAUCCUUUUCUUUCUUUUCUUUUUUUUUUUUUUUUGGCUAAAAGAAAAAAAAAAAAAGGGGGGAGGGGGGGGGGGGGGGGGUGGGGAUGAAGCAAAAAAAAGGGUAAUCUCAACUUUGGUUGAAUUAAGGUAUAACAACCUUUUUCUUGGCAAAUCCUAUAUCCCAUGAUCAUGGUUUCUUGUACAUAGUAUGUUGGUCAAUGGAGGCUGCAAGUCUGCAACAUAGUUUUGGCUUUC